AUGGCUUCUGCUGAUCUCGCUGCUACUUACGCUGCUCUGAUCCUCGCCGACGAGGGUCUUGAGAUUACCGAGCAGAGCGACAAGAUCGUUGAGCUCACCACCGCCGCUGGUGUGCCUGUCGAGCCUAUCUGGGCUCAGCUUCUUGCUAAGGCGCUGGAGGGCAAGGACAUCAAGGACUUGCUCACCAACAUUGGCUCGGCUGGCCCCGCUGUCGCCGCUGCCCCUGCUGCUGGCGCCGGUGCUGGUGCUGCCGAGGAGGCUCCUGCGGAGGAGGAGAAGAAGAAGGAGGAGGAGAAGGAGGAGUCGGAUGACGACAUGGGCUUCGGUCUGUUCGACUAG